UUUUAUAGAUCUCGCGUACUGUGAUAACCAGAGGAAUUCAAAUUAUCUCAACGUCACGCAAUAGAACUGUUCAAGUGCGAGUAAUCUUGCAUAAUUGUGCUUUCUUCUCGGCUCUGAGGAGAAUGGUUGACUCGACGGUUAUUCCAGACAUGAACGGUCGAAGGUAAACGAAGCUCAAUGCCGUCAACGCGGAUUGCACUAAUGUGUGGAAAUCAGUCCCAUAUUCACCAACAUAUUAACAACCUAUUCUUUACCCUUCGGAAUGCUAGAUCAUAGCAACCACAAAAGUUUCCCUUUCACACUCUGAAAGUAAAAUGUCUCGUGCCACCACCAUCAAGGAAGCUCUCCAUCGGUGGUCCGAGCAGAACGAAGGGGCAGACCCGACCCAAGCCAAAGACAUCCAGCUGCAGUUUCAGUGGCCCCCAAUAGAGAAAAUGGACGGGACACUUUCCUCACUUGUAGCCUGCGAAAAGCUGAGUUUGUCAACCAAUAUGAUCGACAAAAUCGUUGGGGUGAGCGGAAUGAAGAACCUUCGGAUCCUCUCGCUGGCACGAAACUACAUCAAAUCACUGAACGGAAUCGAAUCGUUGGGUGAAACACUGGAAGAGCUUUGGAUCAGUUACAACCAGAUCGAUAAACUUAAAGGCGUCGAGAGCCUGAAGCGUCUGAAGGUUCUAUACAUCGGAAACAAUUCCAUCCGUGAGUGGGGCGAAUUCAAUAGGCUGCAGUCUGUGGCGACCCUCGAGGAUUUGCUAUUUCUGGGGAACCCACUGGUGGAGAACAUCGACGAGACGGCAUACGUGAGGGAGAUCCAGAAAAGGCUUCCUGCGCUGAAGAAGUUGGAUGGGGAGAAUCUGCUAACGGAGGAUGAUUGAGUGGGAUUUUGGGGUGAUUUCAUUCCGAUGACAUUCAGGCAAUCCAUCCAACCAAAUGGACGCCCACGUUCCCCAAAUAAAUGAUAAU